ACUUGACAAUCAAAACAUCAAGAACACCACUCCACUCCCUAUCUUUAAGGAAAAAAAAUGAUCGCCUUCAAAAUUUUCAUCGCCAUUGCCUGCAUUGUCUUUGCAAUGGCUGAUGAAGAGCAAAAGGAAGUCGUUGAACAACAAGCGGCCGCUACCGACUCUGACACAGGCAAGGAUCUGCAAACGGCUGAGGGUACCCUUGGAGCGUAUGGAGGUUACGGUGGACUCGGCUAUGGCAAUGGAUUAUACGGGCAUGGAUUGCAUGGUGCCGGAUAUGGUGGACUAGGAUAUGGCCAUGGAAUUGGUUAUGGGGCUGGUUACGGAGGUUACGGAUUGGGUCUCGGUUACGGUGGAUAUGGUCAUGGACACGGAGGAUAUGGCACUGGUUACGGAUCCCACUACGGAAACAACCACGGACACAAUCACGCCAGUUCCGGUUACACCAGCAUCAACAAGGUGAUCAGCCAUGGAUCAAAGAGCCACAGCAAUGGUCACGCCCUCGGACAUGGUCAUGCUCAUGGAUACGGCCACCACGGACUUGCUUAUUAAUACCCUUCCUGUUUCUGAAUCAUCGCUAGAGCAAAAACUGUACUUAUUCGCAAAUUCAAAAUAUAGAUUAUCGGUCAAAAUGCAGACUACAGCUAAAGCGU